CAAUACGCCGGCAAGGGGAUAGGCGCCUUGUCGGUCGAGCGCGCAUCUCGAAUCAGCCAGUACUGCGCGGGGCGCGCGUGUAGUUUGUGAUAUAUUAAAGGUGACUCUAUUUGUCACUAACGAGACUACACCGGCGGCAUAAUGUCAAAUCGAGCAUGGGUUACUCUGGCUACCAACGAUUCCUAUGGGCUGGGAGCCCUGGUGUUGGCACACUCGCUGCGUCGCGCCGGCUCUGCCUACCCCGCCGUCGCCCUUAUCACACCCUCCGUCACUGACGCCAUGAGGGAACGGCUGAGCGCGGUAUUCGCGGAGGUGGUGGUUGUGGACGUAUUGGACUCCGGUGACGCGGCACACCUCGCGCUGCUGCAGCGCCCUGAGCUCGGCAUUACCUUCACCAAGAUACACUGCUGGAAUCUCACCCAGUAUGAGAAAUGCGUUUUUCUAGACGCCGAUACUUUGGUGGUCCAGAACUGUGAUGAACUGUUCGAACGCGAAGAGCUGUCGGCAGCGCCGGACGUCGGCUGGCCCGACUGCUUCAACUCCGGCGUCUUCGUGUACCGACCCUCGGCGGAGACAUUCGCCAGCCUGGUUACAUUCGCACAGGAACGCGGCAGCUUCGAUGGCGGCGACCAAGGUCUACUGAACUCCUACUUCUCGGAUUGGGCGCACGGCGACAUCAACAAGCAUCUGCCCUUCCUCUACAAUGUUACCUCUGCCGCAUUCUACUCAUACUUGCCCGCACUCAAACACUAUGGACAAAACCUUAAAAUAAUCCAUUUCAUCGGCGCGGCCAAGCCAUGGCUGCAGCAGUUCAACUGGCAGUCGCGCAGUGUGGACGCGCCAGACCACCUGCGAGAACUCCUGCAGCAGUGGUGGGACAUCUUCGUCUCGCAAGUACACCCACUGCUCGAUACUACAAUGGUUGAGGUUGAAGACGUCCCUACAACUUUAGUGCUGCCAGAAGAAAGCAUCUUCACCUUCAGUGAACCAAGAUCUGAAUAUAUUUGCUAUAAACCUACAUUAAACCCGGAGUCUGAAUUUUAUUGGCAUCGACCAGAGGCUCAAAUACCAGAUACAGAAGUAAUAGUACCACCAAUAGACAUGACUCAGUUUCAUGAUCCGUGGGACAUUUACCAAGGCCAUAUACGCGAGCCAACAGAUGAGACAAAAAGCAAUCGUUCAUAUCAUCAGGAAGAAGAGAUUAUAAGACAUGUUUGGGCACAACCAUCAAUGCAACAAUUUCAACAUUUCACGGAACCACACCACAAACAAAUACAUGACGCAAGAUACCAUGAGACGCAUCACAACCAAUCACAUGAUUACGGAAUACAUGGCCAGGAAAUAUCACACGUUGAAUGGCAUAACAACCAACCACAGCACAGCGAAAGCCAUCACAUUGAACAACAACACAGAGAAAACAUUCAAAACUAUACACAUCACAGUGAACACCAUUACACACAACAUGUAGAUGCAUGGCAUACAAGACCCAACGCAGAAAUACGUGAGGAAGACAACACAACACAACAUUCAUGGCCGCAACCGCACUCUACAGAAAACUAUAAUAUACAAGAUUAUUACGAAAAUAAACAUUAUGAUGGUCAUCAAAACGAUUACCAGAGUUAUGAUAAACAAAUUGAAUCACAUUCCAAUUUUAGCUACAACCAACAAAGUUUUCAUCAUUCUGUCGAUCCAAAAUAUCCUAACACCCCCACAGAAUUGUACCAACAAAGUUACCAAGAAUACUCUAAUUCGCAAAUUUCAGAUCAUUCCCAAUCCCAAUCCACAUAUCACCAAGGAGCAACCCCCUCAUGCGAUCAAAAUUCACCAUCUUUAGGAUAUCAUAGUAUGCACCAGCAUGAACAUUCUCAGUCCCACCAUCAUGAAAAUGAAAAAGAUUUUUGUAAUCAACAAGAACGUCCCGAUUCCUCUUACACUAGCGAUCAACCUUCACAUAUUAAAGAUACUCCUGAAUCUCAAAAUAUUCAAAAUCAUUUAUCACACCACUACGAGCAAAUAGACCAGUUAAGUCAACCUAUACGAAAGAGAAUAGAAUAUGCGUAUUACGUACACUUGGAUCAUGAGAAAGAAAGAAUUCGUCAAAUUGAAAAAUUAAAAGAACUAGUAACGGAAAAAGUAACUAAUGGACACGGAUCGGAAUCUGAGAUCGAUGAUUUCGAAGAUUUUAUCAUUCCACGUCAUCCGUACGAUGGGUUUUACUUACGGCAUAGAAUGACAAUAGACUCACGGGGCCGCAAGAUAUGCACACAUGAAAUCCCUCCGACACCAUCGCCUUCGCCCUCAAUCUCACCACCCGAAAGUCCGGUUUACUUUGACGCAGAAUCCGAAUUGUUGUCGCCGGAGGACACUUAUGUAGAUAGCGAUGAUCGACUGCAUAGCGGUGUGGCGGGAAAUCUAGCGCGCGUAUCACCUGGUGAUGUUGGUACUCAGAGAGAAGCACUUGAUGAAUUGACUCGUCGCCAAGGAUGGGAAGCAGGCAAUAUUGAUUACAUGGGCGCCGAUUCCUUCGCCAAUAUUUGGGCUAAGAUUUCUCAAACACUUAGUCAGCCUCCGGCAUCAGCACCGAAAGAGCCCACCCCACCUCCAGUUGCACCACAAGUGGAAGCUACAGAAGUAUCGCAAUCCGAGGUUCCUCCAUCUCCAGCAGCGGAGGAACCCAAGGCCGAGCUUCCUGUGGUAUCAGAUCAAUCGCAAGAAGUACCUUUAAAUGCAGAUGAAACUAGCAAAGUGAUAGAGCCUGUCGGAACGGCACCGCCAACAGGUGAAUCUGUUCCGCUUACAACUUCUGAAACCGCACCUUUAGCAAUUCCUGAACCAUCAUUGGAGCCAGCUGUGGAGACUGUAUCAGAAGCGUCCGCAGUUGUAUCUAAAUCUAGCUCUCAAGUUAUUGAAACUCCUUCCGAAAAAGCCGAGCCAACCUCUCAAAACCUUGAACCUGUUCCUCAAGAAGCAGAACCAAGUCCUGUUGAAGCUGUCGAGGCUCCGAUUGCUAAGGAAACAGCUCCUACGGCAGAAGCCGCAAUUCCUGAUGCAGCUGCCUCGGAAAAAGCUACUAUACCAGUCGAAACUGCCGACAUUCCUGUUGAAUCCUCAAUUCCUGAAACCCCAGAGAUACCAGUUCCGGUAGUGGAAGCCGUAUUAGCGGAGAAAGAGAUACCCGCUGAGGAAACUGUCAAAAUAGAUGAAAUUCCCGCCCCUGUUUUAGAAGCUAGCUCAGUUGAAAUUGCUAAAUCAGAGUCUGAACUAGGAGCAGCUGAAGAAGCUCCUAAAGAACAAAAAACUGAGGAAAAGGUAGUAGAUGUAACAACUAAAGUUCCUGCGGAAGUCCCCGCUGAAGCGCUCCCUACUGAAAAGCCAGCGGCUGCUCCUGAGACGCCUGCUGCUACCGAGGCUCCGUCCACUCCUACAGUGACUGAGGCUGUUCCACCAAAACCAGUAGAUAUCCCACUGACAGGUGCCACUGAUAGCCCUCCUCUAGCCAACACGCCUUCUAAGGAAGAUGUUACAGCUGACCCAGCUGCUAAAUCGGAGGCGCGCCGCAAGCCGGCGGGCAAGCUGCGCCUGCACCCGCCCGCCGUCGCAGACCCCCUGCCCACCCCCGACAGCGAGCUCGAGGACGCUGACACGCUCGCGCAGUCCAUCAUCGCCAGUGAGCUGCGUACGCCCACAGUCACCUCGCCUUCCCCGGCCUUGCGCAGCCCCGUCUCGCCGCCACCACCCAAACAGGAGAAACGACUUUCCGCUGAUGAAACGCAGCUGCCUACCCCGCCCGUAGGCGCCGUAUCUCUCUCACAGAUAGGAGUCAAACCCGCUAAAGAAAAGCCUACGACCGCGGCCCAAAUAGAGUCCUCGCUAGCAGACAAGCCGGCGCCCACAUCGCCUACGUCACCGACUGAACCAAAGGCGCCGGCGGAAGCACCCAAGAAGAAAGUCGUCAAAAAGGUGGUGAAAAAGGAAACCGCAGCGAGCGGUGACGCGCCCGUGCCCCCGCCGCGUAAGAAAGAAAAGAAACCCAAAGAAAAAUAAGCUCCCGACAGUUCCUUUGUGCCAUACGUGUAGCCUCUCCUAUAAUGUUAAACGUGUAUUUAAUUUUCGAAUAUGCUUUUAUGUGCCGUAACAAUUAUGUUUUAGAAUUUAGUUUUUAUUAUUUACUGUAACGCGUCCAUUAUUAUAUUUUUUUCAUAAUCA